GUCCCAUGGUCAGAAAUCAACACAUUAGAACAGGUGAAAGCCGUCUCCUCCGCCAUGGCUUACAUCCACAACUCCUCACGGGAGGCGGUAGAGAGGCUCUACUCACAGUACAGUCAGGCACAGCUCAAGUUCUACACCCCACUGACAUUUAUGGAGUUUGUCCACAUCUUUAAGGUGGUGUCAGCAAGCAUUGCCAAGAAAGAAAAGAGUAAGAUAGACAAGUACCAAGCAGGCCUUGAGAAAAUGAACGAAGCCUUUGAUUGUAUCGCCAAGUACAAGGACAGAGUCUCUGAGUUACGACCUCGGCACAGAGCAGCGCAGGAAUUGGUGGAAGGUCACGUGAAGAAAGUGGAGGAACAGAAACAGGAGUUUGUGGAGGCCAGAGAGCGCUGUAAACUGGAGGAAGAAAAGAUAGCUGCUUUGAUUGGUCCACUGGAAGAUAUGAGGAAACAGGCAGAGGCGGAGUUUGACAAAGUGAACCCCACAUAUUUUGCUGCUCUCAAUGCCCUCAUGUCUCUGAGUAUUCACGACAUAGACGAGAUCAAGAGCUACAGAGCCCCGCCGGAGGCUGUGAUAGAGGUCGUCAAGGUCAUCUGUAGCCUCUUCUACAAACCUCAGGACUGGGACAGCGGAAAACUCCUUCUCUCGGGAGAAAACUUCUUCAAAGACCUCGAAUUCUACAACAAGGAUGAUAUCCCAGAAGACAUAUUCAAGAAGCUGAAAGUUUGCACGGCAGACCCCAAGUUUCAGCCAUCCUACAUAGCCCAGUCCAGCACAGCCGCGGCCUCUCUCUGCCAGUGGAUACAUGCUGUCUUUGAGUAUGGCUCCAUCUAUAGGACAAUGAAACCCAGGCUCAGGAAGCUGAUGGAUGCUGAGGAAAAACUGAAUGAGGCUCAGGCCAUCCUUGGUGAGAAGAGAGUAGAAGCCAACAGAAUUAAGAGUGAACUAGAGGCCAGGAUAGAGGCACACAAACAAGCUGUGAAGAAGGCCAAAACUAUUGACAGGGAAAUAAAGAUGUUUGAGAACAAGAUCCAUGAAGCCACCACUCUGAUGGACAACAUGAGCAUGCAGCACCGUCUGUGGCAACAACAACUGAAGCAAUCUAAAAAUAAACUGAAGACAGCACCAGGGGACUCCCUCCUCACUGCGGCCUGCGUCUGUUACCACGGACCACUUGACACUUCCACGCGGACAGAGCUGCUCACUAAUUGGCUGGGGCGAUGUCACAUUGGGAAUUUUGACCCCAAAUUGAAAGCAGGGAAAAGACGUAAAGGGAACACAUUGAGUGCAAAGUUGGAUAAUCUCCUAGCAACAACCUUGACCCCAAGUGCCUCUGAGCUGUCAUUAAAUGUAAGUCAUCGUGAGGAGGUGAAUCGUCUUCAUGUCAAGCACACUGUCACUGAAGAAGAGCCCAGUAUUUUGUCCAGUCCACCGUCUGUUGAGGGAAAAGUUUCACCUCCCAAGGAAGCUGUGGUGUACGACACAGGCUCUGUGUUUGUGAUGGAGUCAAAACUACUAUCCAACAACACUGACUAUCUGGUGGACUUUGACCCUGUGUUGCAUGCUGGGAAAUCAAAAGGGUUGGUCUCUGUCCGUAAGAACUUCACGCUGGAAGAUGUCCUAAGCACAUUUGAGGAGUUAUCAGACUGGAAACUGAAGAACAUGCCCAUCAACAUGCACGCCAUACACAAUGCGUUGAUCAUGCGCGUGUGUUGUCAUAAUCGUAAGCACUGCUGGCCACUGCUGGUUGACCCUGAUGGACAGGCGGAGAAGUGGGUAGGCAUGCUGCAGGACAGCCCUAACUGUAUCAAGGAGCAGGCUGUGGUGAUCCCAGAGGAUGCAGAGAUAUCUGAUAAGUCCACAACAACAGACUACACAACCUCGGAUCGUCCCAUCCCACCCAGCCGCGGCACUGCGGUCACAACUUCUGAUGACGCUGACACAGAGGUGUCCAGGCUGAAUGAUGACACCAGGACAGAGACAGACAGCAAUGUGGGCUCCAGAGCUCAGACCAGGGUGUCGUUUAAUGUUCGCUUUUUGUCAGCAAAGUCGAGUGUGUCUGGUGGCCUGGCCUCCAGAAUGACCUCCACCAGUGACCUCCGACCUCUGACCUCUGUGACCAACAGCCAGGAGAAUCUGAAUAUAGAGCUGGGGGAGAGUGUGGACAGACCAGAGAACAACCUGUGGGUGGUCCCUGGGGAUGACCCCCAGAUAGACACCAAGCUCAUUAAUGCGGUGGUCCAUGGGAUCACAGUCCUGGUGACCCACCUAGAGCGGCGCACUCUGGAUCCUCUGUUCAGAGCUCUGCUGCUGAAGCAGUUCACAGUGGACAAAGACGGGAACAAGAUCCUGAAGAUAGGCGAGAUGAUGUUCUACUACCACCCAGACUUCUGUCUCUAUCUCAGCUCUUCUGUGCCACUCUUCUUUAAAGGUGAUGGUAUCUAUGAUCUCCCCAUACAGAAAGUAUCGGUCAUCAACAUGUCCAUCAGUGAGGAGGGUGUAGUAGACCGCCUGCUGACUGACCUGAUGAGGGUGGAGAAGUCCGAGUUUGAGGGACAGAGAAGAUCCAUUGAGGCAGAUAUGCUGCAUCAUAAACAUGAGCUGAAUGUGGAACAGGAGACGGUGCUAGUGAAGACACUGAAUCUGGAGACGCCACUCCUGGAGGAUGACACCAUGUUAGAGACACUUCAGACAUGUCAGAAGAAUGUCAAUGACAACCAGGAAGUCCUGGAAGAGGGGAUGUACCUGAGGGAAAAUCUUGAAGAGAAACGAGUGCACUACAUCCCUGUUGCUACGCAUGCUGCCAUGUUGUAUGACAUCAUCAAAAUGAUGGGCGUCCUGUGUCCCAUGUAUCAUGUGACUUUCACGGUGUUCAUGAAGAUUUUCUGUGAUGUGAUUGAUGCUAGAAAUAGAGGCAAAGGGAGUCAAGGAGCACCCAAGGCAAGAGCCCAAGAGCUGAUUGACUGCACCACUAGCGCCAUCUACAAACAUGUCUCCACCAUGAUGUUUGAACAACAUACCAAUCUGUUCUCCCUCCUGCUGGCUAUAGAGAGAAUGCGAGCCACACGCCAGCUGACUAUCGAGGAGCUGGCACUGUUUAUAGAUGGCAUAGACGGCUCAGAUGUGGCCGACACUAUUGUGCUGGACUAUAAACCAAAAUGGCUGCCAGACAAGACAUGGACGGAGUGUGCUGUAUUAGAGGCUAACAUCCCAGCUUACAAAGGUCUGAGGGCUUCCCUGGCUAAACAUGACCAACAGUGGCAGGAGUAUUUCAAGUGUCCCGUGUCCCUGACCACCCCAGUGCCAGGAGGAGAGCUGGGAAACCUGUCAGUGUUCAAGAAGUGUUUACUGUGGAGAGUGUGCUGUCCUGACAGACUGUAUGAGAUCUCCCAGGCUAUGACCCUGUAUGAGUUGGGAGGUGUGGUCCCCCCUGCUGACCACUUUAACAUCAAGACAGUGUAUACUGUGGCCAAGAGAAACCUGCCAGUGGUGUUCAUGUUACCUAGUGGUGAGAGAGAGGAGAGACUGGCCACUGGAACCACAGGCUACUCUGUAGACCCAGUAUUCCACAUCCACCAGCUGGCCAAGGACAUGAACAUGGAGGGGAAGGUGCUCGUGCUCUCAUGUGGCGUCCCCACACAAAUGAGAGAGAUCAAGCAUGCACUGGAGGAAUGCCUACACGCCGGCUACUGGCUGGUCCUCCAGAACUGCCACCUGGCCGAGUCCUGGUCAACAGAACUCUUGGACAUCAUUAAGAGCAUCCUCAGUGCCACAGCCCAACCCUUGUCAAGAAAGUCUCAGCUCAAUGAGAUGUCAGACUCUGAGUCCCCGCUGAUGAUUAAUAACAAUGAGACACCAGAUGGCAGCAAUGUAGUCCACCCUGAUUUCCGUCUCUGGCUGGUGACCAAAGUGGGAGAAGGGAGACUUAUUCCUGGACUAUUAAUCCAGAAUGGGCUGAAAGUGUCCUGUGAGAGAACCAACAACUUCAAGAGUACCGUGGGACAGACACGCCACCAUGUCAAUACACUCCUCAGGAAGUGGGACGGGGAGACGGCAGAGGUGGAGUCCCAGCAAAGAUACCUUCCCGCCUUGGUCCUGUUACACGCCAUCUUGCUCCAGCGGCGCGGGUACCACCGGAGUGCGUUCAGCAGCUGCUACAGUCUCUCCCAGGCUGACCUCACUGCGGCAGUGGAGGCGUGGAGGAUCUUACUGAGCACGUGCUCUGAUCUCAGUGGCAUGCAGGAGAUGACCUCUCUGGUAUAUACUGGACACUGCCUAGACCAGCUGGACACUGGGAUAGUCCUGGCUGUGGUCAGGGAUGUCCUCAAGACUGAACAGGAGAUUAACAUGCUUCCAGACUCCAGUUCAGGUGUGAAGUUCCUCCUCCAGCAGCUGCUGGGGUCAGAGAGGGGCAUGCUGGGAGGUUUGGAGGAACUCUGGGAACUGAAUGCCUCCCACUACGGCCUGGCUGACGUCUCUGACCUGGAACUGUGCUCUCUCAGGAGUAGAAUUCUUCAAAGGGAACUGACUCACGUCAGCGGGGUGUCGGAGUCAGUGGAGAUGAUGACAGGGUCGCAGAAGGAGAUGGAGAGUAAGCUGGCCACCCUCCUGACCUUGACUGGUGAUCUCCCAGAACUCCCUCAGACCAGCCGCGACCAGAUGUACCCGCUGGAUCUCUGCUUCCAUUACGAGGUUGAGGGAUACAGAAAAAUUAAUCUCCAAUGUACAGCUAGACAUUACUUUGUUACAGAAGGUGAUACGUGGCGAGAUUCCAUCAACGCCUGAAUUACAGGACAUAUUUUUAUCCAUCAGCGAAAAUCAGGUCCCCAAGGCUUGGUUGAUCUUGACCUUCCCAACGAGUAAACCAGUGAUGAGUUGGCUGAAUGAUUUAAAGUGUGCUGUGGAACUGUUGACGAGUUAUCUCAGUGAGGUUGACCGUCCUGCCACCUAUAAUUUAUCAGCAUUUCUGCGUCCUGAUCGUUUCCUGCAGACAGUCUUACAGACACAUGCCAGGAGGAAUUUCCGUGAUCUGCAGGCAUUCCAGCUACAAGCUGAGGUUCUUCCAGGCAAGGCAGCCCCCAGCAGUCCCCCAGAGACGGGCGUCUACGUCAGCCAUCUUCACCUUCACCACGCGGCCUGGGACACCGUCCAUGGCAUCCUGACAGAGGCCCCAGACACCACCCUCCCCUGCCCCAUGCCUGUAGUCUGGCUAAAACCAGUCACACAGCUAGAACUGGACCAGCACCACCUGAAACACGGGGUGUACCCCUGCCCUCUGUACGUGUCCUGGCACGCGGGGGCUCUGGGAAUGCGGAACCUGGUUACGACAUUAGACAUGCCCACGUUGUUGUCGCCACACGAAUGGGCCGAGAGACGGGUGUUCUUGUCUUCUAGUAUACCAGACGCGAACUGAUGUCAUCUCUGCUUCAAUCCCAGUGAUGGGCAUGAAAUAUAUUUAGUGUGAAGUAAAUGAUAACAUGGGAGAAUGGAAAACCAAAAGACAAAGUGGAAACAUAUUGCACCUGAAGGUGAAAAGUUGCUGUACAUAGCUUGUUUAAGCAAACAAGAAGUACAGAUAUCAGUCACUAAUUGAAGUACAUGUGGUUUUCUGUUUGGAACAAAAAAUAUUCCCCAAUUAUUUAUGGUAGUGACAUAACAUGCAGAUGCAUACUUCUGCUCAGCAAGUAUUCCAGGUGUACAUAUGAGAAGUGCACUUUUACCGCCAAAGUUUUAACUACAUAUUAUAAUCCAUCCCAGACACUUUCUCUUGAAGAUGGUGUGGUGUGUGAUUUCAAGCAUGUUAAAGAACCAAAGUGCUUUAAUCAGAUGUUUAUAUACAUUGUAUUUCUAUAUUUUAUGUAUUUGUAUAUAAGGUUUAUCGAAUGGGUGUUUCAGAUUCUUAACAAAUGUGCCUCAUAAUAUUUACAAUCUAGAUAUUUUAAAGUAUUCUUUGUACAUUGUAUAUCUUAUUUUUAAAAGACGGAGAUGAAAUCUUCAUCGCAUGUACAUCCAAUCCUUUCAAGUUUACAACACACUGUCCAAUUUCAAGUGUUAAUUUAC